UCAAUAUGCACUUUAUCAAUGAGAACCAAAAGGAAUAUUCCAACAGGAAGAUGAUGAUCAUAACGCUUAAUACGUUUUAAAAGAGAACUUUGUAUUGUCGUAAAUAUCUUUACUUUUUCUCUGAUAUUUUCUGGAAACGAACAUUUAACUACAAUAGAUAUGCUGCAUGUAUACUAACAAAUAUCAAAUUCUAAACAAGCCUAUAUAUAAGUUCAAAGCAGAAUCGCUCAUCUCUGGUUGAUUCUUUUAUUUUUUAAACGAAAUGAAAAUCAUGAGUUUGAAUACGGUACGCAACACCUUUUCUCGUAACAAAUAAAGCUCUACGUCACGCGAACUUAUUCUUAGCUACGAAACGCGUUCAAAAUUAAUCGAUUAUCUCUGUUUAGGGUGAUAUUAUUCAUCAGCUUCUGAACCAUCACGUCGAAGACUUUGACGUCAGAUAAUUUUUGCCCCAGUCACCUUUCCAACGAAUGCCUGGAUGAUUUUCAACUCCUUUACAAAAGCAUUCAAGUGUUGAUAUUGUUUUGCAGAAGCGAGCAUUUAAUUAGAUAUUGCUCGCUAAUUUCGAAACCAAUAGAAUUUAUGUACGACGGCGGAUGUUUGCUAAUUGUGAAUACUGUCCUAGUUCAAAACAAAAGUUGCUACGCAGAGAGAACGUUUCUUUACAAUAGGAGGAGCAUCGAAGUUCGAAACAAUUUCUAAAAUCACAAGCAAUAUCCUUCAGAGUACUUAACAAGGUAUCAGCCAAUACCUUGUUACCAGGUACCAAUACAAAUCAUCAACUAUUCGUUUUUUGCAUAUGAAAUAACAUAUUCGCCAGUCUGAGACGAAAGAGGUAACACAGGAAGCAUCGUUAAAUGCAGGAGAACAGGAUUUAAUUGAGCGACGAGCUUUGAAAGUGCAAGAAUAUCAUGUUCUAAAAAACAUAAAAAUAAGUGAAAAAACAUUAUAAAAAAAAGAGAAAUUUUCAGUACAAUAAAAAUUUCUUGAAAGAACGAUAUUAAGCGAAUAUCAUCAUUGUAAUGUGAGCUUCAAGUUUUAUCUAUACCCGAAAGCGUUUCUGAAAAAACAAACAGUUAUUUCAAGCAGAAAGCAUCAUUAGAGGAAUCCUUUACACCCGAUAGAGUGUCUAUUCAAGCGACUAACGAAAAUGCAAAGCCGUAGAGUAAACUUGGUAGGUUGCAGGAUAGUGUUACACCGAUUACAAAUUGAUCGUACUCGGAAAGCAAUAAGGGUAUUAAACAUAUCGUUUGAAAUUAUAUAUCUCCUAGCUUAAUAAUGACUAAAAGUCAUUAGGAACUUUUAUAUUUUUUAUACAUAUACUUAGAAUCUGGAAAUCUAAGAACGUAAAUUAAGAUCAAGUCAAAAGCAAUGUUUAAAAUUUCGGGACAAAUAAGGAUAUUUUGAACUUAGAAAACUGAAAAUAUUCCGGAUUAAAAAUAAACAUGUGCGCUUUUUCAUGGUAAACAAUAAUAGUAAUUUAACACACAAGUGUAAAAUGUUAUAAAUGAUUUUUAAAAUUAUUAUUUUUUGCAUAAUUGGUAGAUAUAAAAAAGUAAUUCAAGAAAUACAGAAAAGAUCUUGAUAUUGUCAGAGCUGAUAUUAUUAACUUUCUUUCUAUCAUAGUCCAUAAGGUUGGUAUUACUUGAGCGCCUCAAUAUCGAGAAAAUUUCAAAUCCAAGUGACUAACGGAAGAACAUACUUGAUUAAAUUUGUGUAAAUUUUUUAAGAAACAGUAGUACAAUGACUGAAUUUAAGACACCGACAACGAAGAGGUAUAAAAGUAGGGUACAAAAUAAUCCAGAAUUGCAAACGCCUAUUAAAAUACCAGCUUCACCGUUUUUAGAGCAAAUAGGUUAUGGAUGCGGUGUUAACGUAUUUAGCCUGGAACGAUCUCCAAAAGUUGGUUUUAUCCGAUCUCCAUGGGCGAUAAAAAAACGUAACUGCAAAAUUAAGGAAAAUAAAAAGUAUAAUGAACGCAUUCGAUUCGAAGCAGAAGUACUUCGUAAAUUAAAUCAUCCAAACAUUGUUGGUUUUCGAGCUUUUACGGAACUUUCAAAUGGCGAGCCAUGCUUGGCAAUGGAAAAAUUAGACGCUUCUUUAGGUGAUAAGAUAGAAGAAAGACUCGAAAGUGGCGAUGAUCCAUUUCCUGCUAAAGACAUUUUAAAAAUAACAUAUGAAAUUGUAAAAGGAUUAGAAUAUUUGCAUCACACUGCCCAUAUUUUACAUGGUGAUAUAAAAAGUUAUAAUGUGUUAGUUUCUGCAGAUUAUAAAACUGUUAAGCUAUGUGAUUUUGGCGUGUCUUUGCCACUUACAAAUAGUUUAGAAAUGUGUACUUCAAAUGAAAACUUUACAUAUGUGGGAACAGAUUGUUGGAGUGCACCUGAAAUAAUAUUUGAGGAUGGUCCUGUUACAAAUAAAGCAGAUAUUUGGGCAUGUGGUCUUGUAGUUUGGGAGAUGAUAGCCUUAUCAUCACCUCAUGUAGAAUCCUCAGAAAUGGAUGAAUCCUGCUUAGAUGACUCAAUGUUAGAAAUGCAUAUGAAUAGCAAUACAAAAACAAAUGAACAUGAUAUAAAUAUAGAUGAUGAUAAUAGUUUUCUUAAUGAAACAUGCAAUAAAAACUAUGGUACUCGUCCUGCAUUACCUGCUAUUAAUCUAGGAAAAGAAUAUGAGAGAGUACUUGAAGUAUUUUUUGCAUGCACUACUGCAGACUAUAAAGUGAGGCCUAGUGCAAAAGGUCUUGUUAAUUAUUUUAAAAAUUAUGUAUAUAAAUAAUAUAUAGGUAUAUACAUUACUGCUUUUAAUACUUUUUAAAUAAACAAUUUUAUGAAUGUUAUAACUUGAUAUAGCUGUGAAACAGAUUAAUGACAUGUAAAAGCUGUUUUUAUUUAUCUAGAUAUACUGAUUUUUAUUACUUUCAUAAUAAAUAUCUUCAAUUUCACUUCA